AUGACAUCCAUAGCGUCCUGGCGGACAUUCUCCGCCCUCGGUCGAAAACCUACGCCCUGGAUUUGUCGGGAAUGCAUUAGAUCGACCCGGCCUACGCGAAUACCACAGCAGCAGCAGCAAAUCAAGUCCUUCUCGACCUCUCAAAGUCCCGCAGCACAAGCAGGCAAACGAGCAUGGCGGCGAGUCAACAAGACGAUCCGGGAACAUCGCAGAGUCGCGAUCGGAGCCACGGUCAUCUUUGUCACAGGCGCAGCGGCAUUGGCCUUUAGUGAAAAAGCACGACAUGCAUACAUGGCCGUACAGCGAAGUGGUCGUGUGGGAGCAACACUCGCCUUGUGUGUGAACGAUUACUACUGGGUAUUGAAGAAAGACAAAGACCCGGAUUAUCGAGCCCUGCUCUCCGCAUGCCAUCAACGAUGCGCCAAUAGGACCCUCGAGGCCAUGGAGAAGAAUGGCAGUAUCUUCAUCAAACUGGGCCAACAUCUGAGUAGUCUCAACUAUCUCCUCCCGAACGAAUGGUGCGAUACUUUCAUCCCUCUCCAGGAUAAAUGUCCCGUGAGCAGUUACGCGUCGAUUGAGAAGAUGGUACGGCACGAUACUGGCAAGACUUUGGAAGACUUCUUCGCGACUUUCGAGCCCGUGCCUAUCGGGGCCGCGAGUCUGGCUCAGGUGCACAUUGCUACGCUCAAGGAUACGGGCGAAAAGGUGGCGGUCAAAGUGCAACAUCCUUCCUUGGAUGAGUGGAGUAAGCUGGAUUUAUGGUUGACGAGUUUCACGUUCAAGACGCUGCGGUAUUGGUUCCCUGAGUACGACCUUACUUGGCUGAGUGAUGAGAUGGAGUAUUCGCUGCCCAAGGAACUGGACUUUCGGGAGGAAGGUAGGAAUGCGCAGCGGGCUAAAGAGUACUUUGCGCGAUUCCCUCGGACGCCACUAGUGAUUCCUGAAGUCGUCUGGGCGCAGAGGAGGGUCUUGGUCAUGGAGUACAUUACUGGCCACCGGCCGGAUGACCUCGAGUUCCUGGAUAGCAAUGGCAUUGACAGGGAUGAGGUUUCUGCUGCUCUAGCUCGCAUCUUCAACGAGAUGAUCUUCGGCAAGGAUGCGCCGUUGCAUUGUGAUCCUCAUGGUGGUAACCUUGCGAUCCGAGUCAAUCCGAACAAACGGAAGCCGGGGAACUUCGAUGUGAUAUUAUACGACCAUGGCCUGUACCGUGACAUCCCACUCUGGCUUCGGAGAGCGUAUGCACAUCUCUGGCUAGCGGUAUUGGAUGUGGAUGAGGAUCGCAUGCGACAGUAUGCACAUCAAGUGGCCGAUAUCAACGACGAAGAAUUCGGGAUCUUCGCGUCAGCCAUCACAGGGCGCGACUUUCGAGUCGUGAAGUCGGACGCUGGCGUUGUACAGAAGCGUAAUGCGGAAGAGAAACGUGCCUUUUCCGAAGCGCUUGGGGAAGGUGGCUUGCUCUCGCAAGUCGUCGGCCUGUUGAGCAAAGUCCCUCGCGUCAUCCUGCUGAUCUUAAAGACCAACGAUCUCACCCGCAGUCUGGAUGAGAACCUUCAGACUCGACAAGGUCCGGUGAGGACGUUUAUGAUCCUGGCUCGGUAUGCCGCCCGGACUGUCUUUGAGGAGCAGGUGGAGAAUAUCAAGGGCAGUAUGCUUUGGCCAUCGAAUCUGUUGAGCUAUAGUGUGGCUCUUUUCUCUUAUGCCAAGGUAGCGGUGAAGUUGAGGGCGUAUGAGCUGUAUCUUAGUGGGAGGAGGAGGUUGGGGAUGCAGGGGACGAUUGGACCCGGUCAGAUGGAGAUAGAUAUGUAG